GCGCGUGCAUAGCUCGGUCACUUGUCACAUUUUGAUCUUUACUGCUCAGACGUCUGUUUCAACUUCAGUUCAACAGGAUUUACGUCGAGCGAGUCCUGCCGUUCCUUCAUGCUGAAGUAUAAAAAUCGUUUAUCUUUUCCUUGAGCUAGUUGCGCAUUUUGUUCAGAAAUGGAUAAUGCUAGAGGAGACGUGCCGCGUGAGUGGUAUAGAGAUGAAGGGCACGUUGGAUAUGACGUCGACGGUCGCAAAAUAGUCAAACAAAAAUGGGACGACUCGAUAGAGCACUUGAUUCGUUUAACUGACGAUUUAAGCUACUGGAGGAACGUUUUCGAUGAGAAAGGGGGAAAAGAGCUUGUUGUUUCUAAAUCGCAGGAAAGUCUUGAACUUUUCCGUAGACUCCGCACGAGCAUCAUACCGGUGAUGGAUAUUCACAGCGACGAGGUUCGCCUGGAAAUCGGAUCAAGUGAUCACUUUCAAACCAUUCAAGUGCCCAAACGGCGUUUCAUUCCAUCGAAAUGGGAAGCUAAGCUUGUUCUUCGAAUCAUGCGCGGUCUUCGCCGAAAAGCUUCCAUACAACUUUUAGAAAAUUCUCCUGCUGAUAACCAAAAAUUAAUAUGGAUUGAGGAGCAGAAUCGGACAAGUGAAAGAAAUGACGGGAGAGCAUGUUUGCCUGCACCGAAAGUGAAAUUACCAACAAACAUAGACUCCUACAAUCCCCCACCCGAAUAUGAUUGUGCUGAGGUUGUGAAGAGCAUAGGUCACUCGGUUGUGCAAAAGAUUGAUUUGGGUUCUCAAGUUGCAUUGCGGGCGGUUCCUUCAUAUUCUGAUUUUGUUACUGAACGUACGCACCUGUGCCGUAGGUUUCAAAGAUGUCUGGACUUAUAUCUAUGCCCACGGGUAUUGCGGACCCGUCUAAACUUUCAACAGAGUGAUAUUCUACCCUCUUUACCGACCACGAAGGUGCAAUAUAUACACUUGAAUCUGGGUCGUAGAUUGCACAUUGAACACGGUAGUAUAGGAGCUGAAACCAUUUCCAAGUCUCCAAAGUUUGACUUUUUUCGGACAUUCAUCCUCUCGGUUGCUGUACAUAUUUCUGGGUUAGUGCUUGGUCCUAUUAUCUUGAUUCAAUGCCUUCUCAAUUUAUCUAAUGAUUACAGGCAAUGGUUGAUAUCUGGAUCAGCUGACAGCAUUUUACGGAUGUGGGAGGUUUCUACAGGUAGGUGCAUCAGAUCGUGGCAGUUAGCUGAGUCUGCAUCUUGUGUGGCGUGGUCUUCCCAUGAUGGAAAGAACAUCGUUUCUGUCUGCGUUGGAUGCUCUUUGGUUUUGCUGAACACCCAAAAAGGUACCUCCAUUUCAGUACAUGAAAAGCAGCAAAUGUUCCUAACUUGUUGGAUUAUGACAGAAUGUAGCAGAGACAAUAUGAUACUCAAUGAACGUGUUAGUAAUGAUAUGCCUUCCUGGGAAGAACGGUUUGUCAGAAGAAAGUUGUGCAGUCCACAAAAGGUUAUAUUUUUUAUCGACAGAAAAAAUGAUAUUGUAUUUGUUCAUCAUAUCGCACCAGUGGAGAGGGUAUCAUGGCAUCAUAAAGGCGACUAUUUUGCAACUUUGGUUCCGAAGGGAAACAAUAUCUUGGUGCACAGUUUAUCGAGGAGGACGACUCGGCCUGUUUUCCAGCAGCAAAAUGUGCCCAUACAGAGAGCUGUCUUCCACGUGUCACGACCUUGGUUGAUCGUCAGUACUCGUUCAAAAGUGUACCUUUACGACUUACACCGACAGUUUCUUGUGAAAAAGAUGUCCAGUGGCAGCUCAAUUAGCUGCAUCGCUACACACUUCGGUGAUAACAUAAUAGUCGGUUGUAGUAAUGGGAGGCUUGCUUGGUUUGAUAUGGACUUCUCUGAUACACCAUACCGAGUUCUUGCUUCACAUCAUAGUACGGUCAAGAGCGUCGCCUUUCAUAGAAGAUAUCCGCUCUUUGCCUCAGUUUCUGAUGAUACUACGGCUCAAAUAUUUUACGGACUUGUAUAUUCUGAAAUCGAAAAAAAUGCAUUAAUUGUCCCAGUAAAAGUUCUUAGAUCUCACGCUCUGAAGGAUUGUGAGGGAAUUUUGGACUGUGACUUUCACCCUGCACAACCAUGGCUGUUUACUGCCGGAGCAGACUGCACUAUCGUGUGUUUCUGUGAUGGCGUGUGAAAAUGGUUUGUAUCUCGGCUUUCUAUUCUUUUUAGAAUGUAUCUUCGAGGCUACAGUAAGUUCGUUUCUUACCAUGAUUUCACGUUGACUUCGUGCACCAUCUCUUUAUGGUGUAUGGAUAGCUUGUUAAUUCAUGUAGAAAUGAACUGCAGUACGAUUUACGAGAUGUAGACUGAAAGUGCAUAUAUCAUGAAUAUGAACAACAGGGAAUCGUC